AUGCUCGAAUUCAUUAAUCCAUUGGUUUUGCUUUACAGAUACCUCGUUAAUUUGUACACGCCUCCAGAAGCAGAACAAGCCUACCGUGCGUUACUUCAGAAAUUGGAAGAACUGACUCAUUUAAGUCAGGGUUUGCUACGCAUUUAUCAUGGACUAAAUGCAAGCGAAAUGGAUCCAUUGCUUCAUGAACUUUUCGACUUAACCUGA